AUAAUACCCCUUUCCAUUCCCAUAUAAAUGAUUCUUUAAUUCUUCAGCAAUCUUUUGUUUCCAUUUAUUGUCGUCAUUUAUAUUCUUUCGGGAUCCUAAGUGCCCCCACAGCUUUGUUUUUGUGCACUUUUAUCUUGUCGAUGUUCUAAAAUGGCGGCGCCGAGGAAUGUGUUGAGGGACGAGGAGAGUGCUGCGGCGGCGUUGUUGAGCAUCAGCAUCAAGGAAGAUGACGAUUCCCCGUCGGGGAAGAGGUUAAAAUCGGAAAGAUUUCCCGUUUCAAGGUGGGAAUUGGCUGCCUUUUUCGGGGUUUUCUUGAUUUUUUCUACCGGCUUGUUCUGCAUCUACCUUACCAUGCCCGCUACCGAGUACGGGAAACUCAAGAUCCCACGUUCCAUCUCUGAUCUGCGAUUGCUUAAAGAUAAUAUUGCAACAUAUGCAAACGAUUACCCAACACAAUUCAUUUUGGGUUACUGCUCAACUUAUAUCUUCAUGCAAACUUUUAUGAUUCCUGGAACGAUUUUCAUGUCUUUGCUAGCUGGAGCUCUCUUUGGUGUUAAAGGCCUUUUCUUGGUUGUCUUCAAUGCCACAGCUGGAGCAUGCUCCUGCUUUUUUCUGUCGAAGCUGAUUGGCAGGCCUUUGGUCAGUUGGUUGUGGCCUGAUAAAUUAAGAUUUUUUCAAGCUGAGAUUGCAAAACGAAGGGACAAGUUGCUGAAUUACAUGCUCUUUCUGAGAAUUACUCCAACUUUACCCAACCUAUUUAUCAACUUGGCAUCACCAAUUGUUGACAUACCGUUUCAUGUGUUCUUUUUAGCAACUUUUAUCGGCCUAAUACCAGCCUCCUAUAUAACUGUCAAAGCUGGCCUUGCACUUGGGGAUCUCAGGUCUGUUAAGGACCUCUACGAUUUCAAGACCUUGUCCGUGCUUUUCCUUAUCGGGAUGGUCUCCAUAUUUCCUACCUUUCUGAAGAAAAAGAAGAUAUAUGAAUAAGGCGAUGUUGGUGAAGUUUGUGGCAUCCUCCUGACUGACAACGGGGGAUUAAGAAUACAAAAUUUACAAUCUCCAAAUUUAGGAUCCAAGAAACGAUAGUGCAUACUAGAAGAUCCUCAUUUCUGCAGCAGGAUAUUGAAAAGAUCUAGGCAUUGUCACAAAAUAUGAAAAGCACAGGGCAGGUAACUUUUAUUUUCAAUGUUAUGUUAACUCAAAGUCAUCUCCCAAUUAGAUUAUUUAGAACAUUUGGGAGUCAACUUUUCUUUUUACUAGAAAUGCUUUGUACGCCAUUUUCUCCA